UUCCUCAUUCUUCCUUCAUCAACUCAUAAGCGAAACGAAAUUGAAAAAAUCUAAUCUCUCUAGCUCCCUCCCUCUAGGCCCUCCACUAGAGGAGAAUAUUUAUACAUAUAUAUCUAUAUUAUUCAGUGAGAGAAGAUAGGAGGAAGUUUUUUAAAACUUUAUUUACGUCUGAAGAAAUCACUAAUUAAUAAUGGAAGGAAAAAAAUUUGCAGUUCUAUUAUGUGCAGAGGAUUCAGAAUACGUGAAAAAGAAAUACGGCGGUUAUUUUGGUGUUUUCGUGAGAAUGCUGGCGGAGGAAGGGGAAACGUGGGAUGUAUUCCGCGUGGCUAACGGCGAGUUUCCGGCGGAUGAUGAGAUCGGAGAAUAUAACGGAUUUGUGAUCACCGGUAGUUGUAAUGACGCUCACGGUAAUGAUUUGUGGAUCUGUAAACUACUCAAUCUGCUCAAAAAAAUUGAUUCUAUGAAGAAGAAAGUUUUGGGUAUUUGCUUUGGUCACCAGAUAUUAGGGCGAUCAUUGGGUGGAGUUAUAGAGAGAGCCACAACUGGAUGGGACAUUGGCGUCACCACAGUUAAUUUAUCAAAGUCCAAGCUAUUCAACACUCUCAAUUUACCUGCAUUUAUGCAAGUUAUUGAGUGUCACCGUGAUGAGAUCCGUGAGCUUCCACCAAAGGCAGAGGUGAUGGCAUGGUCCAAUAAAACUGGAAUUGAGAUGUUUAGGUAUGGUGAUCACAUAAUGGGGAUUCAAGGUCACCCCGAGUACACCAAAGAUAUUCUCCUCCAUCUCAUUGAUCGUCUUCUUCAACGCAACCUUAUUGAGGAGAGCAUUGCUGAUGUGGCCAAGGCGAAGGUUGAAGGGCGCGAGCCAGACAGGGAGGCAUGGAAGAAAUUGUGCGUUAGCUUUCUCAAGGGUAGAUUGUGAUUGAAUAUUCUGAAUUUAUUAGAGGCUAUUGUAAUUGGUCCCAAGUGUAAAUAGGAGAUGUUGUUAAGAGGAAUUUUAAGGGACGUAGGCUGGUUUGUAGUUUGGACUUAGGCAUCGUUUAGAUGUCAUCAAGAAUUUAAGAUUAUUUUUUAGCUAUUGGAAUUGACAAUGUUAA